CCCCCCGUUUUUCCCAGCGGUCCCCCCGAGAAGAAGCUGGGCAUCCGCGCCUCCAACACGGCGUCCGUUCACUUCUCGGACGUGAAAAUUCCGGCCGGGAACGUCCUGGGAGCGCCGGGCUCGGGCUUCAAGGUGGCCAUGGCCAUCCUCAACAACGGCCGCUUCGGGAUGGCCGCGGCCAUGGCCGGAACCAUCCGGGGGCUCAUGGAGCACGCGGUUUCCCACGCUUCCAACCGCUCCCAGUUCGGAUCCAAAAUCCACGAAUUCGGGGCCGUGCAGGAGAAGUUGGGACGGAUGGCGAUGCUGCAUUACGUCACCGAGUCCAUGGCUUUCAUGAUCAGCGCCAACAUGGACAGGGGCGAUCCCGACUUCCAGAUGGAGGCGGCCAUCAGCAAAAUCUUCGGAUCCGAAGCCGCCUGGGCCGUGGCUGACGAGUGCAUCCAGGUCAUGGGGGGGAUGGGAUUCAUGCAGGAGCCGGGUGUCGAGCGCGUCCUGCGGGAUUUGAGAGUUUUCCGCAUUUUCGAGGGAGCCAACGACGUCCUGAGGCUGUUCCUGGCCCUGCAGGGCUGCCAGGUUUUGGGGCUGCAGCUCCGGGGGGUUCAGGCGGCUCUCAGGGACCCCCUGGGCAACGUCGGGAUCCUGACGGGGGAGGUGGCCAAGAGAAUCCGCAGGAAAGCCGGGCUGGGCUCGGGGCUCUCCCUGCAGCACCUGGUGCACCCCGAGCUGAAGGACGGAGCUCAGCAGGCCAUGCAAUGCCUGGAACUUUUCUCCGAAACCACCGAGGCUCUGCUGAUCAAACACGGCAAAAAAAUCGUGGGGGAACAAUUCGCCCUGAUGCGCGUGGCCGACGCCGCCAUCGACAUCUACGCCAUGGUCGUGGUUUUAUCCCGGGCCUCGAGGUCGUUGAGUUCGGGGCUCCCCACGGCCCAACACGAGCGGCUCCUCGCCCUCAGCUGGUGCCAGGAGGCCCACGGGCGCGUCCUGGGGUCGCUGCGGCAGCUCCCGAGCCGAAGCUUCCGGAACUUUCGGGAACUUUCAGGAGCCUUGGUGGAGAACGGGGGGGUGGUGGUGCCAACCCCCCUGGGGUUCUGAGACACCCCAAAAACACCCGAAAACGACCCAAAAACACCCGAAAAUGACCC